AUGCAGGGCAGCCCCGCCUCACGGACUCUGCUGCCCGCGCUGCUGCUGCUGCUGGCAGGCAGGGGCGGCGGGGUCCGGGCACAGCAGCCGCCCCCGCCGGGCAGCCGCGCGUUCUCCUACCCCUCGGCGCUGGGACCCCAGGAAGACGCCUCCAUCGUAGUGGCCAACCGCGGGCUGCGCGUCCCCUUCGGCCGCUCCGUCUGGCUGGACCCGCUUAGCGACCUGGUGUUACAGGUGCAGCCGGGGGACCGCUGCCACCUGCGCGUCUUGGACGACGACCCCCUGUGGCUUCGCCCGGGCCGCCUGAUCCCGCAACGCUUCCCUUGCGACUUCGCCCCCGGGGAGGUGACGUACUGGCACCUGGGCUCCCGCAGCCCGUCCCGGGACCGGGUCCGCCUGCAGCUGCGCUACGACUCGCCCAGCCGCGCCGUGGUGCUGCCCCUGGCGCUGGAGGUGGAGGUGCUCUUCACCCAGCUGGAGAUCGUCACCCGCAACCUGCCCCUCACCGUGGAGAGCCUGCUGGGCACCAGCAACGCGCUGGACGGCCGCAGCCUGGAGUUCGCCUUCCAGCCGGGCAGCCAGCGCUGCAGGGUGGGCGCGCUACCGGGGCUGGGCGGGCUGCCUCGCUACGGGGAGCUCCUCGGCCAGCCGCCGGACCAGUGGCAUCCGUCGGCGGCCGGCGCCCCGUCGCCCUCGCUCUGGUGGGAGUGCGAGGAGUUCUUGCAGCUGGGGCUGCGCUACCGGCAUGCGGCUGCCGGCCGCUCCCCGAACCGGGACUCGCUGCCCAUGGUGGUGGAGCUGCGGGAGGCGGAGGGCGCCGGCGCGCUGGUGAAGCGCGAGCAUUUCCAGGUGCUGGUGCGGAUCCGGGCGGGCGCCGAGAACACGCCGCCCCGGCCCAGCUUCGUGGCCAUGCUGAUGAUGGAGGUGGACCAGUUCGUGCUCACUGCCCUCACCCCCGACAUGCUGGCGGCUGAGGAUGCCGAGUCCGCCCCGGACCUGCUGCUCUUCAACAUCACCUCCCCCUUUGGGCCAGGCCUGGGCCAUGUGGUCAGCACCGACGACCGCAGCCUGCCCAUCGCCUGCUUCAGCCAGCGGGAGCUACGGGAGCUGCGGGUUGCCUACCAGCCGCCUGCAGAGGACUCAGCCAGGGAGCGGCUCUUCGAGCUGGAGCUGGAGGUGCUGGACCCGGAGGGUGCUGCCUCCGAGCCCUUCGCCUUCAUGAUCGUGGUGAAGCCCAUGAACACGCUGGCGCCCGUGGUGACCCGCAACACAGGCCUGGUGCUCUACGAGGGGCAGUCGCGGCCGCUCUCCAGCCCGGGCCCUAGCCCCAGCCUGCUCAUCAGCGACGAGGAUGACCUGGAGCAGGUGCAGAUCAGCGUGGUGGCUGGGCUGCGGCACGGGCACCUGGCCCUGCUGGAGGAGCCCCAAGCCCGCAAGCAUUUCACAGUGGCCGAGCUGGCAGCUGGCAGUGUCAUCUACCAGCACGAUGGCAGCGAGUCCCCGCUCAGUGACAACCUGGUGCUGCAGCUGGAGGAUGGUGGCGCCCGGCACCGUGUCGAGUUUCUCUUUCCCAUCACCGUGGUGCCCACUGAUGACCAGCCACCCCUGCUCAACGCCAACAUGGGGCUGUCCUUGGCCGAAGGUGACAUAGCCCCCAUCCCCGCCCGCACCCUCAGUGCCACCGACAUCGACUCAGAUGACGCUACGCUGCGCUUCGUGCUGGAGUCUGGACCUGCUGCAGGGCAGCUGCUGCUCCGUCAGGCCCAGCCACCUCUGGACUGGGAGGGUGAGAACUGGGGCUCCCCCUGGAGGAGGGUGCUGGGCUUGCCUAGGGACCCACCAAUGUACGAGAGGCUGGUGAGUGAGUGGCUGCAGCAGGACAUUGUGGAGGGGCGGCUCUUCUACAAGCACCUCGGGCCCCACAGCCCUGGCUCCAGGGUGGUGCUGGACCAGUUUGUCUUUAGGGUCCAGGAUGACAAUGACCCGCCUAACCGCUCCGGGCCCCAGAGCUUUGUGGUCCGGGUGCACCCAGUGGACCGCCUGGCCCCAGUGCUUCAUGGUGGCAGCAGCCUGCGCCUGGUGGUGGCUGAGCAACAGGUGACCCCACUGCGAAGGAAGCACCUGCGCUACACAGAUCAGGACUCUGGGGACCGGGAGAUCCACUAUACUGUCACCCAGCCCCCUACUGACACAGACUCCAACCACCCUGCGGGGUCCAAGGGCUCCCGCCUGGGAUCCCUGGUGUUGACCGAUGACCACUCAGUGGAGGUGAUGCACUUCAGCCAGGCCCAGAUCAACCACCACAAGGUCUCCUACCGGCCCCCACAGCAGGAGCUGGGGGUGGCUCCCCGCCUGGCCCAGUUCCAGUACCAGGUGGAGGAUGCAGCUGGUAAUGCUGCCCAAGGCACCUUCACAAUUUACCUGCAGCCCAUAGACAACCAGCCCCCUGAGAUCACCAACAGCGGCUUUACUGUGCAUGAGGGGGGCAGGCAUGUGCUGGGCCUGGCUGAGCUGGAUGCUAGCGACACUGACACUGAGCCCACUCACCUCCAGUUCACCCUGACCCAGGCUCCCCAGCAUGGACAGUUGCAGCUCUCUGGGCAUAACCUAGCCAUGGGAGCAGCCUUUGGCUUAGAGGACAUUAAACAUGGUAGGGUGGUCUAUGUGCACAGUGGUACUGAGUCUCACAGUGAUGCCUGCAGCCUGGAUGUGAGUGAUGGGGUUCAUGUGGUGCCCAUCACACUGAAGGUGACUGUGCAUCCUGUGGAUGAUGAGGUGCCCACCUUACGGCUGCCCCCAGGAACGCUUGGCUCCUAUUUGGAUGUGUUGGAGAAUGGUGCUGCUGAGAUCACCACUAAAGUCAUCCAGGGCACGGAUGAGGAUACAGAUGAUCUGAUGCUGACUUUCAUUCUGGAGGACCCUCCCCAACAUGGGGACAUCCUGGUCCAGGGGGUCCCUGCAGAGAAGUUUUCCCAGAGAGACCUGCUUGAUGGGGCUGUGGUAUAUGCUCACACGGGUGGUGAAAUAGGGCUGCUACCCAAAGAAGAUACCUUUAACCUCACUUUGUCUGACCUGUCUGAAGAGUGGAGCAUUGGGGGCAAUGUUGUUCGUGGAGUUUCAGUCCUGGUGACCAUCCUUCCUGUUGACAGUCAAGCCCCUGAGGUUUUUGUGGGGGAGCACUUAAUUGUAGUGGAGGGUGACAAAAAGGUUAUUACACAUGCCCACUUAAGGACUGAAGAUGUGGAUACACCUGGUGAUGAUAUUCUGUGCACCAUAGUUGCACAGCCCACCUCUGGUUAUGUAGAGAACAUCUCUCCAGCCCUAGGAUCUGAAAAAUCCAGAGCAGGUACAGCUAUAAGUGCCUUUACUUUGAAAGAUGUCAGGCAAGGGCACAUUUAUUACGUUCAAAGCAUCCAUAAGGGUGUGGAGCCUGUUGAAGACAGGUUCACUUUCCGCUGCUCUGAUGGCAUUAACUUUUCUGAAAGGCACUUCUUCCCUAUUGUCAUUAUCCCAACCAAUGACGAAGAGCCUGAAAUCUUUAUGCGAGAGUUUGUAGUGAUGGAAGGUAUGAGCCUGGUUAUCGAUACUCCUAUCCUCAAUGCAGCAGAUGGGGACAUCCCUGCUGAUGAACUGACCUUUGCUAUCACUAAGUUUCCCAAGCAUGGCCACAUUGUGAACCAGCUGAUCAAUGGGACAGUCUUAGUGGAGAGCUUCACCCUGUCUCAGAUAACUGAGAGCUCCAGCAUUAUCUAUGAACAUGAUGACUCUGAAACAAAGGAAGACAGCUUUGAGGUGAAACUCACAGAUGGCAAACAUGCUGUAGAGAAAACUGUGCUAAUCAUGGUUAUUCCUGUAGAUGAUGAAACACCCAGAAUGACCAUCAACGAUGGGCUGGAACUUGAAAUAGGGGAGACUAAAAUCAUCCACAACAGAAUACUGAAGGCUACUGAUCUAGAUUCUGAAGACAAAACCUUGACUUACAUUAUAAGGUAUGGUCCAAGACAAGGCCUCUUACAAAGAAUAAAGCUUUCAGGUGGGGUUGAGAAUAUCACACUGGGAAUGAACUUUACCCAAGAUGAAGUGGACAGAAACUUAAUUCAGUACAUGCAUUUUGGCCAAGAAGGUAUGCGGGAUCUUAUCAAAUUUGAUGUGACAGAUGGGAUAAAUCCUCUCAUUGACCGAUAUUUUUAUGUGACUAUAGGUAGCAUUGAUAUUGUCUUCCCAGAUGUGAUCAGCAAAGGGGUGUCUUUGAAGGAAGGGGGAAAAGUUACACUUACCACUGAUUUAUUGAGCACCAGUGACUUGAAUAGCCCAGAUGAGAACUUGGUUUUCAGUAUUACCCGAGCACCUGUUCGUGGCCAUCUCGAAUGUACGGAUCAGUUGGGGGUGCCCAUCAAAACCUUCACUCAGCUCCAGUUAGCAGGCAAUAAAAUCUACUACAUUCACACCUCAGAAGAUGAAGUGAAAAUGGACAGCUUUGAGUUUGAAGUGACUGAUGGUUAUAACCCAGUAUUUCGCACUUUCCGAAUUUCCAUUCGUGAUGUGGAUAAUAAAAAGCCAGUGGUCACAAUCCAUAACCUGUUGGUGUGUGAAAGUGAAAAUAAACUGAUAACCCCCUUUGAACUGACAGUGGAAGACAGAGACACCCCUGAUAUGUUGCUUAAAUUUAUUAUCACCCAAGUGCCAGUUCAUGGUCAGCUCAUGUUCAAUAACACCAAGCCAGUUACAUCCUUUACCAAACAAGAUCUGAAUGAAAAUCUUAUAAGCUACAAGCAUGAUGGCACAGAGUCAGCUGAAGACAGCUUUUCUUUCACUGUUACAGAUGGGACCCAUACUGGUUUCUAUGUCUUCCCUGACACUGUGUUUGAAAAAAGGAAACCCCAAACAAUGAACAUUCGGAUAAUGGCUGUGGACAAUAGUGUACCCCAAAUCGUAGUUAAUAAGGGUGCUCCUUCUCUCCGUGUUUUGACCACUGGCCACUUGGGUUUUAUGAUUACCAACAAAGUAUUCAAAGUGGAAGACCGGGACAGCUUGCACAUUACCCUCAAGAUCAGGAUCACAGAGGCUCCUCACCAUGGCUUCCUGAUCCACCUGGGAAAAGGCAACCAUAGUGUCACUCAGUUCACUCAAGCUGAUAUUGAUGACAUGAAGAUAUGCUAUGUUUUAAGAGAAGGUGAAAAUGCCACAAGUGACCUUUUCCAUUUUACUGUUGAAGAUGGUGUCUCAAUAGUAAUCCUUACCCCCAGAUUGCAGUUUGGAGUCUGUCAGAACUGCUUCUUAAGGAGUCCCGUCCUUCUUGAAUGGUGCUUUGAGGGUGGAAUGAUUUUGAAUGAGGAAACAAAGAUUCAUAUGGUUGUAACAGGAAUGCUGAGGAUCCCCAGUGAAAGAGAGAAACAAGAAUCUGUGAUUAUGACUCUUUUGAGGAAUUUUUCUGUAUUUAAGCCAAAGCCUGGGAAAGCCCAGGCUCGCUGA